AUGUCAAGGGAACAUGAAGAAUACACAAAGGAGAGGACAUUGUCCGAAUUGUCCGAUGUUCAUGCACCCAAUAUUAGUGCAAUGUCUUCUCCAGAACCAAGAGUCGUAAAGCGACCAAGAACUCAAUCAGAACCUCCUCCAAGUCUCCCUCAAGUCAUCGCAGAACAGCAUGUUCCAGUACCUUCAACCGAUAAAGAUUCGCAAAGAUUGAUUGUCGUUCUCUCUAAUGCCAGUCUCGAAACUUAUAAACAAUCCUCCGGUGGUGGAAGACCCGGCGCUCGUCCCGCGGAGGAAAAAUACUCUCUUCUCAACAGUGAUGAGCACAUUGGUAUUAUGCGCAAGAUGAAUCGAGACAUCAGUGAUGCCCGACCUGAUAUUACACAUCAGUGUCUCCUCACCCUCCUCGACUCGCCGAUCAAUAAAGCCGGCCGACUUCAAAUCUACAUUCAUACCGCCAAGGGAGUUCUCAUUGAGGUCAGCCCAACGGUCCGAAUUCCACGUACCUUUAAGCGUUUUGCCGGUCUGAUGGUUCAACUCUUACACCGACUCUCCAUCCGAUCUGUCAACUCUCAAGAAAAACUCCUCAAGGUUAUUACGAACCCGAUCACCGAUCACUUACCUCCCAAUUGCCGAAAAGUUACAUUGAGUUUCGAAUCACAAUUGGUCCGUGUUCGGGAUUAUGUGGAGACAUUGGAGCCGAAGGAGAGUAUUUGUGUAUUUGUUGGUGCCAUGGCAAAGGGAACAGACAACUUUGCAGAUGAUCUAGUGGAUGAGAAGAUCUCCAUUAGUAACUACAGUCUUUCUGCAAGUGUGGCAUGCAGCAAAUUCUGCCACGCUGCAGAGGAUGCAUGGGAUAUUAUUUAG